AACGGCCAGUGGGUACCACCUUGUGCAGGCUAUGCUGAGGCCCGGGCUCCCGUCUCCCUGCCACAUGAGCUCGACUACCUCGUGGCCAAGGCAACGGGGCCAGUGGCAGUCGGAUCGUCAGCUUCUUCCAGCCUGACGACAGCCUAUCUGAGCCAGCCGGGUCGACCGGUGGUCAGCCCGUAUGGAGGGGGCCAGUCUCGGCUGAUGCAGACUCUGGUGCUGCCUCAAUAUCCUCGCAGUCAGACCAGUGUCUACAACUUUUCCCCUUCUACGGGUCUUUCAGAGUCCAACCUCUCGGCGAUGAUUGGCUCGGGUGGUGUUCGUCUGCUGCCGAGUACCACGACGAUGGGUCAAGUCGUGAUGGCGCCCUUUGUCGCCUCCGUAGGCAAAAGUAGCCUGGCCCAGCAUCAAAUGAUCACCGCCGACCCAGUGAUGACCAAAGCAACGCCGACGAUGCUUAGGGCGGUGGGUGAAGAGAGGACUGAGGCGGAGGCAGAGGAAGAUGAACUGGCCGCGAUCAGCUUGAAUGCCAUCCCGGCCCUACUCACUACGGGGCUGGAUUCGAGUCUGGGCUGUUCAGAUCAGGCUUCGCCUGGUGGAUCUCUCUACGCUGAUCCAAUGGACCUGGAGUUGGCGCCCUGUGGGCAGGUUAAAAAGACGAAGCCUGGGAUUGGCAAAGAAAAAAAGUACAAACUUUCGCCACCAGGUCAUACCGAUGGAAACUCUUAA